CUUUCUUUUCUUUAUAAAGAUGAGAACGAUCAGGGCAAUAGCUGGUGCUAGGUCUCUUUACCCCCGUGCUGUACUUCUGAACACCAAAUCCUACUUCUCUGCCGCAAGGAGUGCAAGUGUGUCUAUACCAGGCGUGAACGCAACUGUUGUUAAGCGUACUUAUUUUCCAUUUUACUUCAGCUUGGGGUCAAGAUCUUAUACAAGCAGGCCAGGUUAUCCGAGAGAGGGAAACGUAGAAAUGGAGGAGAUAGAGCAUAGGAUAGUCAAUGUGAAUGGCAUAAACAUGCACGUAGCGGAGAAAGGGAAAGGCCCCGUGAUUCUCUUCCUCCAUGGGUUCCCAGAGCUGUGGUACUCCUGGCGCCACCAGAUCACUGCUUUUGCCUCGCUAGGCUACCAGGCGGUGGCUCCUGAUCUCCGUGGAUAUGGGGACACGGAUGCACCGGAUGCGGCCUCCAGCUACACCGUUCUGAACGUGGUGGGGGAUCUCGUUGCUCUCCUGGACGUUGUUGCCCCGGAGCAGGACAAGGUUUUUGUUGUGGGUCAUGAUUGGGGUGCGCUCAUCGCUUGGUGGUUGUGCUUGUUUAGACCAGACAGGGUUAAGGCUUUGGUUAACAUGAGCGUUGUGUUCAGUCCGAGGAACCCUAAGCGGAAACCUCUCGAAAGUCUCAGAGCUUUCUAUGGUGAUGAUUACUACAUCUGCAGAUUUCAGGCGCCUGGAGAAAUAGAGGCUGAGUUUGCCGAGCUAGGAUUUGAGAGAGUUCUGAAGGGAUUCCUAACAUACCGUAACCCAGGUCCCCUCCUUCUACCAGAAGGCAAAUAUUUUGGACAACCAGACACUCCAAUUAGCUUGCCCCCUAACUGGUUAUCGGAGGAAGAUGUUAAGUAUUACAUCAGCCAAUAUGAGAAGAAAGGCUUCACGGGAGGAUUGAACUAUUACCGAAACAUAGACUUAAACUGGGAACUUACAGCACCCUGGACGGGGAGUCAAGUAAAAGUGCCAGUUAAGUUCAUCGUCGGCGACCAGGAUCUGACCUAUAAUGCUCCUGGAACCAAGGUCUAUCUACAGAAGGGGGGUCUGAAGAGAGAUGUUCCAUUUUUGGAGCAAGUGGUUGUAAUGGAAGGAGUAGCACACUUUCUCCAUGAAGAAAAACCUGAUGAGAUCAAUAAACACAUACAUGACUUCUUCCAGAAGUUCUAAUUUGCUAACCAUUUGAUGUACUUGUCCUGCUUUAACUUCCACAUGGAAGAAAGGGUCUUGGCCUUGUCUAUUGUAUAGUUUGUGUGUUUGUGUAUGUUUGAUUCAAUAAUUUGUCUUUGUUGUUACUGCCAAUUUACCUUUGUCGUUAUUGAUCACACAAUUCUAUUGUCCAUGAGCCUAA